AUGUCGUUAUCGGGGACACCAAGCACACACCCCAGGAGAUUGAAAUCUCUCCAGCAAUUAUCAGAGCCGGAGGCACUGAUUCUCGUGGUGCGUUGUGUCCACCCACCCUUCUAUAUGCCACAGGGCCAAAUCAUCACCCAGGUGAUUCCAACGCCACAUGAGAUGCCAGUGGACGAUUCAUCACCAGGCGUCUACUGGGCAGAAGUCAUUAGAGAAGACAAGCCUUGGAUGGGGUGUGGUCUCCGGCGAGGUGAAGAUUACCUUCACCUUGAUGGAGUGUUGGACACAGGGGCAGAUGUGACAAUCAUCCCAACCACCAGAUGGCCGUCACAUUGGGAGUUGCAACCCGUGAUAGCGGCUGCUGAUGAGCGCCCUGCCCAGAAGCUGAACUGGAAAACAGAACACCCAGUAUGGGUAGAUCAGUGGCCGCUGAAUAAACAAAAAUUGAAGGCGCUCAAUGAAUUGGUAGAAGAGCAGUUAGCAAAAGGCAACAUUGUGCCAACCAUCAACCCUUGGAAUUCCCCGGUCUUUGUUAUCAAGAAGCUGGGAAAGGACAAGUGGUGACUCAUCUAGGACCUUAGAGAAAUUAACAAAGUCAUUGAAGACAUGGGGUCUCUUCAACCAGGAAUGCCAUCCCCAUCAAUGCUCCCCCACAAUUGGAAUUUGGCUGUUAUUGAUAUAAAAGACUGUUUCUUCCAGAUUCCCCUUGACCCUGCUGGUGCCCCACAGUUUGCCUUCUCAGUUCCCUCCAUCAAUCGAGAAGCUCCAGUGAAGCGCUACCAUUGGCGAACCUUGCUGCAAGGCAUGAAAAACAGUCCCAGUAUCUGCCAGUGGUACAUUGCUUCAUUGCUGUCCCCAGUGCGUGCCAAAGCAAGAGAAACCAUCAUCCUGCACUAUAUGGAUGAUGUGCUGGUGUGUGCCCCCGAUGAUGAUAUACUACAGCACGCUCUUGACCUAGUUGUCAGUGUUUUGAUUGCUGCAGGAUUUGCACUCUAA